AUGGCGCUUGCCGCCGGCCUUUUGGCCGAGGCCGUCUACGGCUAUGCCCAAGUCAACAUCAUGGCACCCAUCUUCUACAAGAACAUUGAUCCCAUCGUUUUCCCCGGCAGCUACAGCGAGUCCCAUCUGCACACGUUCUUUGGUUCCGACGGCGUGACUGCCAACACCAAGACCAGUGCAGAACUCCAGUCCGGGUGCACCAACGCCGGCAACCCCAACGACUUGUCCGUCUACUGGGUCCCGACCCUGGUUUACACCAAAGAUGGCGGCAGCUCUUAUUCUCCCGUCCCGCUGUUCCGCUUCAGCGCAUACUACAGCCUAGGUGAUACACAAGCCGAGGUGCCCAUCCCCCAGAAUCUAAGGAUGCUUGCUGGUGAUGCCUCAGCCCAGUCUGCGAGCGCCAGCCCUGCAGACGCCAAGGUUGAGUGGUUCUGCGAGGGCGACAGCGUCGCUCUCGACGCGAAUGGCUUCCCCAAGAGCACCUGCUCUACCCAUCUCCAGACUCUGCUUUACUUCCCCAACUGUGUCGACGAGUCGACCCUCGAGGUCGCCUACAAGAGCCGCACAUACGGCACAACCAACUGGUGCCCCAAGAACAUGAAGUCUAUGCCACAGCUUCGCUUCAGCAUCAGGUACGACCUGCGCAAGGCGCUGCCCAAUGGCUGGAGCGGCACUGCCCCCUUCAAGCUCGCCUGCGGAAACGCGUACUGCUCCCACGGCGAUUUCAUCAACGGCUGGACUGAAGAGUCAGCCAAGAACAUGGUCGCCGCCACUGCUUCCAAGCAAAAAUUCAUUGCUGUCGAGGGUUCCCUUGGCUCUGAGAAGCCAAACUGCAAGCCCGCUGAUUCCGAGCCCAGCAAGGGCACUUCCGACUACGCUCAGAGCGUAGCGUUGAUGGGCAAGCGCUCCGUCGACUCUGCUGGCUGGACAUCACGAUCCAGAUUUGCCAGAUGGUUUUAA